CACCAGCUCACAGGUACAGCUUCAGCUUCAACUUCAAGUUCGAGCGGAAAUGUCUUCCCUUGGCCUUAGGAGCUGAUACCGUAGCCAACUAGGCUUCAGUACGGUACCCGGCUCGUGUGUGUCUGUUUUAACUUUAGGAGUUUCAGGGGAGAAUGCCUUCGCCUAUGGGGUAUGAUAUCGUGCAAGAAGCAAGAGUGCAAAUGCAGGGCACGGGGUCCGCAGCUGCAGGUCCACCAAUGAAGGUCGAGAACACGCAGGGCAUGGAGGCAGAGCUUGAAUCGGAUGCACAAGCUGCCAGUGAUCCAUCACUGGAUGUGAAGGAGCCCAGCCGCCGCAGGAGAGUGCCCAAAAGGGCAUUUGGGGAAGAGGAUCAAAAGGCUGUCGAGGAAUUCCUGAUGGAGGAGGAGGGAUCUACAAAGAAGAAGCGUCGACGGCGGUCAUUGCAGGAGGACGACCACAUGGAAGCCAUAAUAGCAGCCGGCAUGGGUUUCCCAAACAACUACCUAACUGAAGAAGAGAUUCGUGCUGGAGUGGUGGGGUCGCUAGGGGGCAUCGAGCAGGCAAACUACAUCGUCAUCCGAAACCACAUCUUGGCAAAGUGGCGCCAGAACGUCGACAAGUGGCUGCACGAGAGCGCCAUCCUCGAGAACAUCCGCAACGAACACAAGCCCCUCGUGCGCGCUGCGUACCGCUUCCUCUCUCAGGCGGGGUACAUCAACUUUGGCGUGGCCCCGGCCAUCAAGGAACGCGUUCGCACCGACGGUUCCAAGGCGACUAUGAUUGUCAUCGGGGCUGGGCUUGCCGGGUUGGCGGCAGCUCGGCAGCUGCUGGCGUUUGGUCACAAGGUAAUCGUCCUUGAGGGCCGUGCCCGUCCCGGCGGGCGCGUUCACACCCGCCAGAUGGACGCCGGUGGCCACUCCGCUUCUGCAGACCUUGGCGGGAGUGUGAUAACAGGCACUGACGGGAACCCUCUCGGCGUGUUGGCCCGCCAAUUAAAGCUUCCGAUGCACCAUAUCCGGUCGGACCCGUGUCCGAUAUAUGGUCUGGACGGGCAGAGAGUUGACGAAGAGUUGGAUAAGCGGGUGGAGGCGGACUUCAAUACGCUGUUGGAUAAGGCGGAGGAGACGCGCAAGGCGAUGGCCACGGUGGCAGACAGCAUCAGCCUGGGCUCGACCCUGGACACGCUGCGGCGGUCGUACCGCGUGGCGCAGUCGGAGGAGGAGCGGCAGCUGCUGGACUGGCACGUGGCGAACCUGGAGUACGCCAAUGCGGGCCUGCUGCACGACCUCAGCCUCGCCUUCUGGGACCAGGAUGACCCCCACGAGAUGGCCGGCGACCACUGCUUCCUGACCGGCGGCAAUGGUCGCCUGGUGUCCGCCCUCGCGGACGGCCUGCCCAUCUUCUACGGCCGGACCGUUCGGACAGUCCGCUACUCAGACGCCGGCGUCCGGGUGCACACUGCGGACGGGCAGGUCUUCGAGGGUGACAUGGCGCUGUCCACGAUUCCGCUCGGGUGCCUCAAGCGGGGUGACGUCACCUUCGACCCGCCCCUCCCCAAGGAGAAGGAUGCCGCGAUCCGGCGGCUGGGCUUCGGGCUGCUGAACAAGGUGGCGCUGCUAUUUCCGCACAACUUCUGGGGCACCGAUCUUGACACCUUCGGCCGGGUUGCACCGGACGCGCACCGCCGGGGGGAGUACUUCCUCUUCUACAGUUACGCGGCCGUCUCGGGCGGCGCCCUGCUCCUCGCGCUGGUCGCCGGCGAGGCCGCGCGGCGCUUCGAGAAGGUCCCCGGCGCUGACGUCAUCGCUGAGGUCAUGGCCAUCCUGCGGUCGAUUUACGAACCCCAGGGCAUCCUCGUGCCCAACCCGCUCAGUACGCUAUGCACCCGCUGGGGCAGCGACCCGUUCGCUUAUGGGUCGUAUAGCCACGUGGCCGUCGGGGCGUCGGGGGACGACUAUGACGUCAUGGCUGAGAGCUGCGGGAACGGGCGGCUGUUCUUUGCGGGGGAGGCGACGACGCGUUGGCACCCGGCCACGAUGCACGGGGCGUUCCUCACAGGUCUCCGCGAGGCAGGCUGGAUGGACGCGACUGCCACCGCGCGCGCGCAGGGCCAGCCAGUGCCCGUCCAGAUUGCGCCCUCCAGCCUGUCGCUCCAGGCGGUCACGCUCGCCGAGGUGUUCCGGAAGCCCGACAUGGAGUUCGGCGGCUUCUCUGUCGUGCUUGACCCCAGGAGCUCUUCUUCAUCCGCCCCCGCCCUCUUGCGCCUGAUUCUGCGCAGCCCCCAGUCCCUUACAAAGCCUCUCAAGCCGCCCCAAGACACCGAAGCAGAACCCAAAACCACCGCCAAAACCACCUCCAGCCAUCCCAAUGGUAACGGUGCUGCAGCGCCGAAGGCUGCUGUCUCCGCAAACCCAGCGGUUAGCCAAACCCUUGGGAACCUCCCCAACGCUUCCCGUUUCAGAGUACCAGACGGUCUUGCGCCCGGUGCUGCUCCAGGGGUAAGCCCAGAGUUGGAUCAGGCAGCGGAAAGACUUUCGGAAGCCAGGCAAGAUACGGGGAGGGGGGCCGCAGUUGCUCAAGGGACGGGCCCGGUUGUCACCCCCCUGCCGGGAACACGCGAAACUUUCCCGGGGUCUGAAUCGUUGAAAGAGCCGGACCGAGGAGAUGGGAUACGGACGGGGAGCAGCGAGAUAGCCGGAAAUGUGAAUGGACUUUCGGGUGCGAACGGAUUCCACGCGUAUGGGCGUAUGAGAGCUUUUGCGCAAGCGGUUGGAAGCGGGUUGGGCUCGGCAAAUGCCGAAUCAGGUCUGGCAACAAGCAGCCCAAAACCGGCUGGGUUAGGGCUCGGACCUUUGGGGUUAGAAUCCGAACCCUUUUCCCAGGGGAACAACGGCAUUGGGGGGGAGCCCAAUCGGACUAGUUUCGUUGCGAGCAGCGUUGCGCCUGUGGAAAACGGUGCCGGUUUCGGCGACGAAGAGAGACGCCCCGACAACACUAUGACGAAGCUCUUCUCGUUCCUGAAGACCGAAGCGUUGAAAGUGUCCCCCAGAACCCCCCCGCCAGUUGGCGCAUUCCCAGUCAGCGGAAUUCCGGUCAGCGGAAUACCGGCCAACGGAAUACCGGCCGCUCCUCCGGGCGGAACAGUCAGACCGGCCAGCGCUCUCAGGGUCGAGCCGACGGAUGCGCGAACGGAAAGCCAUUCUCAGGCGAGCGACACCGGACGGGCAGCUCAAACAGCUGUCUCAAGUCACGGUGUGAACACGCUUUCAAUGCCCAGGCCUGAACCGAGGUUCCUCGGGGCCGCUGUGCCGGUUCACAUUAGUGCAAAUAGCGGCAUGCCAGGGGCGGGAACUGGCGGUGAGAAUGUGCCCGGGGCGUGUCGACUUCUUCCUUUUGCUUCUGCUCGCCCGAUGCCCGUCCAAAGUCCGCAACUGGACGUCCGAAAUACGCCUUUGGAAAGUCCGGCAAGUCGGAUACUGAAUCCUGCCAUUCCAAGCUCUUCAAACGGUCCACAGACGAUGAACGGCCCCGCUUUGCCUGUCUCUACGGGCGCCCAAACGGGAACCGCUGCGGGGUUGGUACAGAACCGGACUUCUCACAUUGCCAGUGCCCCGGUUACCAGACCCGCCGUCGAAAACUUGGCAGAUGCAAGGCCGGAGAGUACUUCGGUGGGAGCAGGGGAGAAAGGCGGCACGAGUCCAGGGAGUCAGCCGUCCGAUCUGGUCGACGACAAAUCGACGGUCUUAAAAGUCCCGGCCGCAAAUGGAGACGCCAAGGGGGGGUCCAAGAAGAAGCCGGCGCAAGUCGCGGGAGCGGCAGGGGGGAGGAAGAAGCGGCGGCGCGCCGCCCCGACGGACGCAUUUACACCGCCCCAGAAGGAGCUGGCGGUGUAUACGGUGGUAACGCGGGGCCAGGCGGAGCAGCUGAGGGAGGUCAAGGGGGGGGACCGGGCGCGGCUGCAGACCCUAGUCGACACAUUCGGUGUCAAGUUGGUGGGCCGGCACGGGCUGGGCUCUGCGGGCGAGGCGCUGCUGGCGGCGCUCAAUGGGCCCCACCUGGUGGCCGGUGGGCUGCUGCCACGUGGCCAAGCUGACAUUAUGAAGCGUAUGAACAAGGCCAAAGAAGUCACGGAGGGCAACGGCGUUCGGCAACAAGUGCGGCCCCGGCAAAGCAGGCCACAAGCGGAGCCGGAACGAGAGGGGAUUGCAAAAUCGGAGCCACGUGUCCUAAAAGCAGCAGUACGAACCACCGUGACAGCGUCGGUUAGCCUCAGCAAGCCAAAACCUGAGCCCGCAAGUUCUUAGCACGGGAUGUUUUAUUGACCUAGCUUCUGCCUUGGCGAAUCAUAAAGAAGGUCUACGCAAACUUCGAUUGUCCUCAUUAGUUGGCAGAUCCCAGGCCUCGAUGUUGAAGAUCUCCGUAAGUAGAGGUAGCAGGAUAGGGGAUUGUACGCUGCGGGAGCUCAACACUUGAGAGAGGAAUGAGACUUGCCACGGGGUUUCCGAGAUUUGACGAUUCUCGGAGUUUCCACAUCGAUUUUCACACUCUGUUAAGUGUUGAGCUUCCAUUGCGUACAAUCCUCUAGUCCAGCCGUUUCGUCUCUUUUCCGGACUUGCAAGGUUUCGAGCAUUGAGGGGUCGAGACUCGCCCAUGCAGUGAGCACGUUACAGUGGCUUCUAUAUGGCAAACUCAAUUUCAUCAAAAGGGUUGUAAGAGCCAGGGA